GACAGGUAGGGAGGCUUGUUGACACCGUUAUGUUUGCAGCACGCAUGCUCCCUCCCAGGUAAGUUUCCUGGAGGUGCCUUGCCCGGAGACGCCGUCGGGAAUUGCGGGGAGGGGGCCUUCCUCGAAGGCAUCGGCAGGACUGGUUAGACUGGGAGAAGAAACAGGGAAGAAGGCCCCUCUCCUCCUGCUCAGCAUGCCCAGAGCCUUCCUGGUGAAGAGGAGGAACCCGCUGCCUGCCUCUCGCAGUUGGGACGCGCUGCCCGACGAAGAAAGGGCCGACACCUAUGUUCCAGGGGAUAUAAGGUGUGUCCUCCUGAAUUAUCGUAGUGAAGACAGCUGCAGCUUAGAGAGCACAAGCAGCAGGGAUACAGAGACGGCCAAUAUCUCAGCUGAGUCUACAACAGAAGAGACACUUUUGGCUUUGGCAGAGAAUCGCCCUACAGUCAGAUCCAAAAUAAAGUUCACCACUGGCAUUUGUGGUGAUGCCUUGAUGCACAAUUGUGAAUUAUGUGGCAAAGGAUUUCGCCUGCAACGCAUGCUCAACCGCCACAUAAAGUGUCAUAGCCAGGUGAAGAGACACUUGUGCACCUUCUGUGGGAAAGGAUUCAAUGACACGUUUGAUUUGAAAAGACAUGUAAGGACACACACAGGAAUUCGUCCAUACAAAUGCGAGGUCUGCAACAAAGCCUUUACCCAGCGUUGUUCCUUGGAAUCACACCUUAAAAAGAUCCACGCAGUGCAACAACAAUAUUCUUAUAAGCAACGGAGAGAUAAACUGUAUGUCUGUGAAGAUUGUGGUUAUACAGGUCCAACCCAAGAGGACUUGUAUAUGCACAUCAGUAAUAUACAUCCUGGAAGUACUUUACUGAAGAAAACUUCCAAAAAAAUGACAGCUGUUUUGCAAAACAAACUGACCUCAUCAGUGGAGAUAAGCCCAAUUCAGAAUGAGGGGGAGUAGUAAGAUUGCAAUAGACCACAGUGGCAAAAAGCAGUGAGGUUUACAUGUGUACAGAUGAAAGCUGCCAGGUCUCACAGCCUAACUAGUCUUCUCAAAAACCUCUAGAGAAGUGCAUCUCAAACUAUCGGAUGUGGGGGACUGGCAAGUUUUCCCCCUGCAAUGUGGCAGGGACUGGUAUGGGCUAUAACCAAUUCUUUUUUUCUCAGAUAAUCUCCAAAGACCAUCAACCAAUGACUUGUGGAUUGGCAAUGGUCCAUGGACCACUACUUUGAGUAACACUCUUCUAGGGUGGGGAAGAGAGUAACAUUUCAGGAAAAGGAGAGGAAAACACUUUGCCAGGACUGAAUGCAUUUACAACCAUCCCUUCCAAACUACUCUAUUGCCAACCAUUUCUCUGCCAAAUCAAAUGGCAGAGGAAAGCAAAGGACAUCCUAUAGGCCAGAGCUUUCCAAACAUUUCAUGCUGCUGGCAAACUUUUUGACAUGCAUCAUUUUGCAAUACAGUACAGGCAGUCCCCAAGUUACAAACAACUCAUGGUUAAAAACAAGGAUGAGAUAACAAAGGGAGAAUAAUCUACCCUUCAGAAGGGAAAUUCACUUCUGAAAGAGUUAUCAUGGAGAAAAGAUGUCUCCACUGAACUUUCUUACCAAACCUUUUUUCCAUAACAAGCCAAUUUUUUUCAAAAUCCAGUUAUCACAGGGACGGAAAGUGAGGUGAAAUAUUCUGAACAGGGGCACAGACAGCAAAACAUCUAUCCCAUCUAUCUAAUCUAUCCCAAGUGUGUGUGGGAUAGACAACACACACACACAUACAUAUGGCUGAAGUUAUACUUCAAAAAUGUACAUGUUCCAAUUUACGAACAAAUUCAACUUAAGAACAAACCUACAGAACCUAUUUUGUUC